AAGGAGACCGUUGUAUCACUGAGCUACAGCGCUCUCUGCUUCUAAAAGACUCCUCGCCACUGCCUGCCACCCCGCUCGCCGACUUGCAGGGAACCCAGCCCAGAGAGCAACAUAUACAUCGAAUUUUUGAAACCAUGGCCACCGUCAUUGGCAGUCGGUAUGCUCCCAGCAGCGGCGUUUCGAACAUGGAGUCGGGCGCUUUGCAUCCCUACACUUGCAACACUUGUCAGGUCGCUUUUCGCAACAGCGACCUACAAAGGGCUCACAUGCGCAGCGACUGGCAUCGGUACAACCUAAAGCGCCGUGUCGCUUCGCUGCCGCCCAUCUCGUCCGAAAUUUUCAACGAAAAAGUCCUGCAAGCUCGAGCGGAGACUACUGCGCAGGCAGACAAGGCUGGCUUCGAGCGCGCUUGCGAGAUCUGCCAGAAAACGUACUACAGCGAGAACUCCUUCCGGAAUCAUCUCAGCAGCGCUAAGCACAAGGCAAGGGUUGCCGCACUGGCAGCUCAGCCGAACCGCAAAGUCGACGAUGAGGCGAGCUCCAUGUCGUUCUCUCUAGGCGAACCCGCGGCCGACUCUGUGGUGGACUCGGAUGCCGAGGAGGAGUUUAACGAGGUUGUCGAAGGGCUGAGGACCACUGGACUUCACGACUCCACGUCGCCCGUUAAGCGGCCCUCUAACCCCCACUUGUCCGCCGAGGCGCAGAACAAGCCAGAGCACCCCGUGUCACAGACGUCCAGCGAGGAAGAGUCGCCGUCCAGAACGCCUUUGGCACCCACUCCGAUAGCCAGCAAGCCGGCUGCCCCAGCCCCGACCCUGACCCCGUCGCUGAAGACGUGCCUUUUCUGCAAUCACGAGUCCCCAACCCCGCCUCUCAACGUCGCACACAUGGAGAGCGUUCACGGCAUGUUCAUCCCAGAAAAGAAGUAUCUGGUGGACCUUGAAGGCCUGCUCGGCUACCUCCAGGAGCGGGUAUUUGCGCUAAACGAGUGUCUCGGCUGCGGCAAAGUGAAAGCGAACGUGUAUGCGGUGCAAACACACAUGCGGGAUAAGGGCCACUGCCACAUCCCGUACAUUACCGAGGAGGAGCAGCUCGACAUCGGCGAGUUUUAUGACUUCCGAAGCACAUACUCGGAUGAAGAGGGAGACUGGGAAGACGAAUCCGAGGACAACGAGCAGCAAAACGAGACUCCCAAGCUUGGGGCUAAGAGGGAGACCAAGCUCACUGGCGAGGACGGUGAUGAAGUUAUGGAGGAUGAGAACUGGGAGACGGACAGCGAAGCAUCGUCACUCGACUCUGACGAUCUCCACGCCGUUCCUGCGGAGGGACACGACCAUGAGCACGGGCGUCCGGACAAGCAUCCUCACCACUCGCGCAGCAGUGCGCGCGCACACCGCCAAGCAGACGGCUGGCAUGCGCACUCGCACAAGCGGGCCCGUGCGGUUUUCUACGACGACUACGAGCUCCACCUUCCGUCGGGCAAGUCCGUCGGCCAUCGGUCACUCAGCAAGUACUACCGCCAGAACCUGUACAACCACCCCACGGCCGAGGAGCGGGCCGAGCGCCUCGCCAUCGAGGCUGCCGAGAGAGAGAACGAGAUGGAUGUCGACGGCAGCGCCCGCCCGGGCAGGGAUGCUGCCGCUCGCGGUCGCGCGCUGGUUACCAGGGACAUGAAAGGGCUGGGCGUCACGGCGCUGUCGGACCGGCGGGUGAGGAACGUGAUUAACAAGGGCCGGCGGCAGGAGUGGGAAAAUCAGAAGAACAAGGGCAUGCUGCACGCUCGGCUGGCCAUCAAGGAGAAGGCUGCGCACCCUGCUACGUAUUUGCGAUGAGCGUUUCGUCAGGCGUGGCGCUUGUGCUUGGUCUAACAUUGUUGCCAGCCUGGCAACACGUGUUUGGGAAAGGUACUUCUUGUAACGUACAUACCAAGAAUUGAGCCAGGGGGGUCUACAUCAUAU